GGAGGGGGAGGGGCGUCUUGCAUCGGCACGCGCAGGCAGCAGACAGCAGAGAGCAGCUGCAGCGGCAAGAGGAGCACGCGCACGCGUCCCACAGCAUAUUCACAAAAUAUAUCACCCAUACACACAAAAGCACCUGAAUUAACCGCAAUUUAAACAUGGUCGACCGCGAGCAGCUGGUUCAGAAAGCCAGACUGGCCGAGCAGGCUGAGAGAUAUGACGAUAUGGCUGCUGCCAUGAAAUCGGUAACAGAGCUGAACGAGGCCCUUUCCAACGAGGAGAGGAACCUGCUCUCGGUGGCCUACAAGAACGUAGUGGGCGCACGGCGCUCGUCCUGGCGCGUCAUCUCCAGCAUCGAGCAGAAGACCUCUGCGGAUGGCAACGAGAAAAAGAUUGAGAUGGUUCGCGCUUACCGCGAGAAGAUCGAGAAGGAGCUGGAGGCCGUGUGCCAAGACGUGCUCAACCUCCUCGACAACUUCCUGAUCAAGAACUGCGGCGACGCCCAGCACGAGAGCAAAGUCUUCUACCUGAAGAUGAAGGGCGACUACUACCGUUACCUGGCGGAGGUGGCCACAGGUGAGAAGAGAGCCACGGUGGUGGAGUCUUCUGAGAAGUCCUACAGCGAGGCCCAUGAGAUCAGCAAAGAGCACAUGCAGCCCACGCACCCCAUCCGCUUGGGUCUGGCGCUCAAUUACUCGGUCUUCUACUACGAGAUCCAGAACGCACCCGAGCAGGCCUGCCAUCUGGCCAAGACGGCUUUCGACGACGCCAUCGCCGAAUUGGACACCCUGAACGAGGACUCCUACAAAGACUCGACCCUCAUCAUGCAGCUCCUGCGAGACAACCUGACGCUCUGGACGAGCGAUCAACAAGAUGACGAGGCGGGCGAAGGCAACAAUUAAGCAUCGAAGAAAAGAGAAGAUCUUUUGAGACCCUUUUCCUCUCAGCCGUAACAUAAAACACGCGUGCUCACACAACAAAUGAAAAAACAAAAAAAGUAGUACAUGAAAAAUUCACAAAAGGGGGCAUGAUGGAACUGUGCCAGCCACGUUUGCCAAUAGCAAAGCAGCGCGGUUUUCUUUAUUUCCCACUAAAUUACGAUUUAGAGAAAUAUGCUAGUUAAAAAGAAUGGUUAUGCCUCAAAAAAAAAAAACAAAAAAAAAAAAAAAGAAGUAGCAGCUUAAAAGGAAAAAAAUUAAACCCUUUCCUUAUGUGACGUUUACCUGAACAACACUUGCUUGUCGGUACGUCAGUCUAUUCUAAAUGGCCGAAGGGUUUCGAUGAACCCAAACUCUGGCUGUUCUUGUGGUGAAAUACGAAGUGGAGCUGCUUAUAUUAAUUUACAUUGUGAGUAAGAAGUACUUCAAAGCAAGGGUGGGCUUAAGGAAAAAGAAAAAAAGUGAAAACUUGAAUGUCAUCGCCUCGCAAAAGUAGGAAUUUGCAAACAGGCUGCACUGGGCGUGAACGCAACGGUCGUGUUUUUUUGUCUCUGAUAUACGUUUAUUGGGAUUCUGAAUCGCACCCACUAAUGUUUGAACGUCGUUUACGUUGAACUGGUUAUCUGUGCCAUUUAUGAUACACAUCGUUAGUAUGCAUCUCACAUCUGAACUACACACAACUACUUUAUUACAGUAACACAGUUCUGAUUUCCUCAUGUAUCGCCUUCUCAAUCCAAAGCUAAAACCGGUUUCUUUCCUCUCGCCAAAAUAACCGUGACUGCAAUCGUUAUUAUUAUCAUUAUUAUUUUAUGGAUAUCAAAAAUUGCCAGACGCCGGUUGAGAAUAAUGAAAUUUCCUUCGAAUGCACUGAAGAGUAGUAUUAUCAAUUAAAAUAAUCAAAUGAAAAAUAACAUUUCCAGAAAGAAAGAAAUCCCAAUGCUUUGCAGGAAAACGACCACUCGAAAGCAAUGCCUAAUCGUUUGGUUUAUAUCACUGGUACCAUAGACUGUUUUUUUUGUUAUUCAGUUAAUUUAUUUUGGCUAAAGAGUUUUUGUUGGUGUUUUAAUUCUCAUGAAAUGCACUUGCCUAUUAUACUGUUUCUCAGUGUAGGACGAUUACAGCUCCAAUAAUACAAUAUUGUGCAUGCUGGUGAUGUAUUUAUAUACCAUAGCUCGACUUUAUUAACUUUAAAAACUGUAGAUGUUAUGUAUUCAUAUGAACAAGAAAUGACAAGAAUUUAAUCUGAUUAUUUUCUAUUUAUUACUUUAUAUUGGAUUGUUUCAAUCUGUUAUGAUUUAUUUCUUAUAUAUCUUUUCCUCGCUGAAGUACGCUAAAACAGUGCGUGUUUACUAUAAAUGAAUCUGUUAUGGAUGUUGCUAUAGUGACAUGCAAUUCUUGUAUUUGGUUUUUAAUAAAGGAACAAACAAAAAAAAGGACGCAAAAAGACAAAAAAAAAAAAAAAAAGAAUAAACACCAUAUCUGGCAUUUUGUCACGAGUAAAUUAUGAUUACAUUGUGAAACGAUUAAUGUUGUUCUUAAAAUGACUUUUCCUUUCUGUGCUUUCUGCUGUGAGAUAUUUAAGAUUUGCUGUAAUAUCAGUGUUUGUUUUGUUUUUUUCCUCUUCAGAAUCUGUUUCUGUAAGGGAUUCACUCAUGGAACAUUACCUAUUCUUAUAUGAUUUCUGUUUUCUUUCUUUUUCCUCGUCUACUGGUAUCUUAAAUGUGAGUCAUGUAGCGGUUGCACAAAAGAAACAUAAUGAUAAUAAUAAUGAUAAUUAAAAAAAAUAAUAAAAACAUGACUGUGCUCUUCUAGCCACCAUUUCA